AUGCCCAUGUCUUCCAGAGACCUGCCUCCUGGACACCAUCACUUUGGCUCCUGCAGCCCUUUGAGCCAGCUCUGGCCUGGUCCAGAGCCUCCGUCAGUCAAGGGCCUUUACUACAGCAGGGCCCGGAAGGUGGGCACCCUGGAUGCCUCUCCAGAGGCUGACCUGAAGAAGGAGAUUCUGGUGAAUGUCGGUGGCCGGCGAUACCUGCUGCCCUGGAGCACCCUGGAUGCCUUCCCGCUGAGCCGCCUGAGCAGGCUCCGGCUGUGUCGCAGCUAUGAGGAGAUCACACAGCUCUGUGAUGACUAUGAUGAGAACAACCAGGAGUUCUUCUUUGACAGGAGCCCCAGCGCCUUCGGGGUAAUUGUGAGCUUCCUGGCUGCGGGAAAGCUGGUGCUUCUGCGGGAGAUGUGUGCACUGUCCUUCCGGGAGGAGCUGAGCUACUGGGGCAUCGAGGAAGCCAACUUGGAACGCUGCUGCCUUCGCAAGCUCAUGAAGAAGCUGGAGGAGGUGGCCGAGCUGCGCCGGGAGGAGGCUGUGCAGCGACAGCAGCAGCGCCAGGCCUGCCACUCCGAAGUGCACACUUCGCGAUGGGCCCGCGGCAUGAACCAGCUGCGCGAGAUGGUGGAAGACCCACAGUCAGGGCUGCCCGGGAAAGUCUUUGCCUGCCUCUCCAUUCUCUUCGUGGCCACCACCGCUGUUAGUCUGUGUGUGAGCACCAUGCCCGACUUCAGGGCUGAGGAGGACAAGGGAGAAUGCACGAGAAAGUGCUACUACAUCUUCGUGGUGGAGACCAUAUGUGUGGCCUGGUUCUCCCUGGAGUUCUGUCUGCGUUUUGCCCAGGCCCGGAACAAAUGUCAGUUCUUCCGCGGGCCCCUGAAUGUCAUCGACAUUCUAGCCAUCUCCCCAUACUAUGUGUCUCUCGUGGUGUCUGAGGAAUCCUCGGAGGCAGGCGAGAGGCUGAGUGGAAGCUCCUACCUGGAGAAAGUGGGGUUGGUACUGCGUGUUUUGCGGGCACUACGUAUUCUCUAUGUGAUGCGCCUGGCCCGCCACUCACUGGGGCUGCAGACGCUGGGCCUCACCGUGCGCCGCUGUGCCAGGGAGUUUGGCCUUCUGCUGCUCUUCCUGGGUGUGGCGGUCACCCUCUUUUCCCCUUUAGUCUAUGUGGCUGAGAAUGAGUCUGGAAGGGUCCUAGAGUUCACCAGCAUCCCCGCCUCCUACUGGUGGGCCAUCAUCUCCAUGACCACGGUGGGCUAUGGGGACAUGGUCCCUCGCAGCGUUCCGGGCCAGAUGGUGGCCCUGAGCAGCAUUCUUAGUGGUAUCCUCAUUAUGGCCUUCCCAGCUACAUCCAUCUUUCAUACCUUCUCCCAUUCUUACCUGGAGCUGAAGCGAGAGCAGGAGCAGAUCCAGGCCCGCCUCCGGCGUCUUCAGAACACAAACUCAGCCAGCGAAAGGGAGCUCCUGAGUGAUGUAGAUGACCUGGUCCCCGAGGGCCUGGCCUCCCCCAUCCGCUAUGUGUAA